AUGGGUGGUACUAGAGAAAAGAAGGUUCAAUACUUCGCCAAGCUCAGAGAAUUGCUUGAAUCGCACAAGUCGAUCUUCGUCGUCGGUGUCGACAAUGUCUCGUCGCAACAAAUGCACGAAGUGAGAAAGUCUCUCAGAGGCCAAGCCACCGUGUUGAUGGGUAAGAACACCAUGGUGAGAAGAGCCUUGAGAGAAUUCGUCGCCGACAUGCCCGAAUUCGAAAAGUUGAUGCCCUUCAUCAGAGGUAACGUCGGUUUCGUCUUCACCAACGGUGACCUUUCCACCAUCAGAGACGCCAUCACCUCGAACGUCGUUGCCGCUCCCGCCAGAGCUGGUGCCGUCGCCCCCAAGGACGUGUGGGUGCCUGCCGGUAACACUGGUAUGGAACCCGGUAAGACCUCGUUCUUCCAAGCUUUGGGUGUCCCCACCAAGAUUGCCAGAGGUACCAUUGAAAUUGUCUCUGACGUCAAGGUCGUCGAAAAGGACGGCAAGGUUGGUCCUUCGGAAGCCACUUUGUUGAACAUGUUGAACAUCUCGCCCUUCACCUACGGUUUGACUGUUGAACAAGUCUACGACCAAGGCCAAGUCUUCCCUCCCUCGAUCUUGGACAUCACCGACGACGAGUUGGUUGGCCACUUCGUCUCGGCCAUCAACACCAUCGCCUCGAUCUCGUUGGCCCUUGGCUACCCCACCUUGCCCUCGGUUGGUCACUCGAUCAUUAACCACUACAAGGACUUGUUGGCCGUCUCGAUCGCCACCGACUACACCUUCGAAGGUUCGGAAGCUAUCAAGGACAGAAUCGCCAACCCCGAAGCUUACGCCGCCGCCGCCCCCGCCGCUGCCGCUGCUGACUCGGGUGCCGCCGCCGAAGAAGCUCCUGAAGAAGAAGAAGAAGAAUCCGACGACGACAUGGGCAUGGGUCUCUUCGACUAA